GAGUUUAGUUUCCUCUACAGGAAGCUCCAUAGGGGGGAGGGGAAAACCUGUGCGUUUUAGUAAUCACAAAGUUGCUUUUGGAGGGAAAAGGGUCCGAUGUGUUGCUUUCGAGAGUGCGGCGCCUCCAAAGUGAGAGCCGCAAUGAGAAAUUUACCAUCGCACACCUCAGUCUCCUUUAUUAAAAGAUCAGUUUAUCGCUUACCCACAGCUCUUUCUGCGUCCUCCCGGACGUCCCUAACCUCCUCCGCGUUCUCUUUAUCCUUCGCCAGCAGACAAUUAGGGAGUGAGGGGGGUCAUUUUUCGGCCGUUAGUCGUCAGGAAUUGCACUUUCGACGCGACCAUCUGCUGCUCCCACUGCUCGAAGCAAAGCGCUCCCGGCUGAGAGAUCUGCAGGCGCACAAGACGGCACUCGAUCAAACGGCGCGGCGCUAUGCCGAUCGUUUCUUUUUCUCCAGUUUUGCGAUGUUAAUUGUGCAAUUCGCGGUGCUUUUCGAUUGGACGUAUAUUCACUUUGAUUGGAACUUUGUCGAGCCGAUUACCUAUUUGCUAGGCUACUGCGAAACUUGGAUCGCCUUGGCGUGGUAUGGCAACAUGCACCGCGAGUAUGAACAGGAUAGUCUACGCGAGAUUAUCGAACGGAAACAACAAAAUAAGCUGUACCUUCGGCAUGCGUUGGACUUGUCGGAACUCAAUCGAUUAAAGGAAGAGGUGGAAGUCCUUGAAAUGUUGGUGCGGGUCCAUGAGGCGACGGAUUAAAGUGGUGAGUGCAUAGAAAUCACCAGCCUAUGAGUAUGCAAUGUAUAGGUAAGAAUGGAUGGAACCCAAUAUAUUUAGAUGGUUGCUUAUUUACUGAUGUCAUCUUCAUGGUGUGCACUUUGUUAUACAUAUCUAUGUGCACUAAUAGAAAUUGAAGAACUAUUCAAAACUACUAUUUAAAAACAAAA